CCUACCGCCGCCCACCCCACCAAAAAAAGAAAAAAGAAAAAAGAAAGAUGCCAUGGGCACAAAGGUUGAGCAUGAAGGAGAGAAGAGAGACUGGCGGUAGUUACCAGCUUCCUGGUCUGAACCCAGGUAGGCUUCAUUCCUCCUCAGCAAAAUGAGGGGAGUUGCGUGUAUCUCUGUGGUUGUUUUGAGGGUUAAGUGAGAACGCAGGUAAAGCGGUCGCACGGAAUAACAAUAAUGUAAAGCAUCGUUAGCCUCCAUCACAGGCAGUUAGGCCUAGCAGUUAAGUCCGUGGGCUUUGCUUCCUCUUGGCCCUGGGUUUGUGUCCCAGCCAUGUUAGGUAGCGUAUUUUGAAUCUGGGCAAGACAGGAGGAUGGCAAGGAAGGGUUGGAUAAAAGAGGGUGUGGACAAUAAGCUUGUGCCGAGUGGGACGGGUGGCGGUGCCUCUGGUGGGUGAUGGACUCUUACUCCGACACGGGGAACUUGGACAGCUUUGGACAGGACGAGGCGGGCCCUGGCAGGAGACUGCGGACGUCCAGGUGACAGUGGAUGUCAGUUCAAAACCAGCACUGCUCUCCUCCCGCGCCCAGAGGCCCGGGGUGGGCGCUAUGGCAGGAAAGAGGGAAAAGGAGGAGGCAGGGCGGGUAGGGGCGGCCCCAGAUGUGGCAAACUUGGCGCAGCAGUGCACGGGCGGGCAGGGCGAAAGGCCCGCGUCAGGCUGGGAGAUGAGCCCUGCCCUGGCUCGAGGACGAAGGAAUCCGAGCUGGGGGCCUGGCGCGGAGGGGAAAGGGGGGCGCCAGGGUGGUGAGCGAGACGGAAAGAGAGAUGGCAGGAAGCCGGGAGGAGCGCGCGGGGGAGGAGACAGCCGAGGGGAAGGGGAAGGGAAAGGGGCGGGUGGGAAGGGUGGAGAGCGGGAGAGAGAAGGCAAGGAGGGCCGAGGGGAGGAGAGAGGAGAGGAAGGGUGGGGAAAGGAGGAGAGGAAGAGAGGACUAAGAGGGGAGCCAGGAGAGGAGGCCGCGGCGGGCGCAGCGGGCACCCGGGCCAGGCUGCCCCCGCGAGCAAGGCGCCGCCAUUCCGCUACUCGGGGCGCCGCCGCCGCCGCCACCGCGCCCGGGGGCCAUGCUCCCGCCGCCCCCGCGCCAGCCGCCGCCCCAGGCGCGUGCGGCCCGCGGAGCGGUGCGCCUGCAGCGGCCCUUCCUGCGCAGCCCGCUGGGCGUGUUGCGGCUGCUGCAGCUGCUGGCCGGCGCUGCCUUCUGGAUCACUAUCGCCACCAGCAAGUACCAGGGCCCCGUGCACUUCGCGCUCUUCGUGUCCGUGCUCUUCUGGCUGCUCACCCUGGGCCUCUACUUCCUCACGCUGCUGGGCAAGCACGAGCUGGUCCCCGUGCUGGGCUCGCGCUGGCUCAUGGUCAACGUGGCGCACGAUGUGCUGGCGGCCGCACUCUACGGCGCUGCCACCGGCAUCAUGAGCGACCAGAUGCAGCGCCACAGCUACUGCAACCUCAAGGAUUACCCGCUGCCCUGCGCCUACCACGCCUUCCUGGCAGCCGCCGUCUGCGGCGGCGUCUGCCACGGCCUCUACCUGCUUUCGGCGCUCUAUGGAUGCGGGCGUCGCUGCCAGGGCAAGCAGGAGGUGGCGUGAGGCCGCCUGCGCCCGCCGCGGCCCCGAUCGGGGCGGGGGAACCCCCGGAGACCAGCCUCCUUAAUCCCUUCCCCCGCCGCCGCCCCGCACGGGUGCGCCCUGGCACCCUCUCCCUGCCCUCCAGCGUUUCCACUGUCGCCCGCGCCCAGGGACCCUGACGCUCAGCUCCCGCCCGACGGCAGCGCCGCCGCCGCCCAGAAUCCCAGCCCAGAAUCCCGACCGCCGCGCCGGACGCGCAGUCUCCCGGGACAAGCGCAGGCUGCGAUCCGAGGGGCGGACACACACUCGCAGACGAGCCGCCCCGAGGCGAAACCUCGCGAUUCCUCUUCCCUUCCCUGCUGAGACUAAGACGUGGACAGGCGCCGCGCAGAUCCGGGGGAGGCUCCCAAAUUGGAACCAGGCUUCUGGCUGCCCCCUUCCCUCCCGCCCCGUGGUCGGAAGAGCACUCCCUUCCCCGGCCCCUCGUCCAGCCUCCGGUGCUGUAAAACGCAGGCGCUGGGCCGCGGGCGGAGCUGAGGACAGGCCUUGGCUGGUUCCAGGAUGAGCGACGAGUUUGGUUUUAGCUGGGGAUUGUGCUGGCAUCCUGCGAAGCCCCUCCCAGCCCGUCUCUCUGUGCUCGGAAGCCUUGGGGUGGGGCCCAUCCGCCGAGGUGGGGACCGAUAGGAGAAGCCAGUGGGCUGUACCCUUACACUUGUGGAGUCUCCUCUUGCCUCUACCUACUCCGCCUUUGUCCUUAAGGUUUUUGCAGGCCAGUCCCAAACACACACUAACUGUCCUGGCCUCUCUGUGACACAAGUCUCUUCCCAGCCUUCCUCACAGGCUUCUGCCGCCCCCCUCAUCCCCACCCCCCCCAUAGCUGUUUGCAUUAGGAGUUCCACGACCAUGGUGGAAUGUUAAGGUGAACCCCACCCCUUCUUACAGAUGGGGACCCAGAGCCUGCUCUUGGGAACAGCCGGAGUAAGAUUGGAACCCAGACUUGCAGUCCAGCGCUGUUUGCAUUGAAAGGGUGGGUGAGUCAGGACCCCUGGCUCAGGAGCCGCCUCUCCUAAAAGAGGGUUUCAAGGCCAGAUGGGUUUGUCAACGGUGCUGUCUCCCUUUCUUGGAGAUGCUCAUUAGCUUAUCAAAGACUCUGAGAAGUUCCGCUGUUAGAGAAAUAAUUUAGUUUACUGUAUUAACUGCUCCUGGGCCUGGAGCAGUAUUUCCACCUUGAGGUUCCGAGUAUCCCUGUGCUGUCCGGGCUCUCAUUCAUGCCUAAGGGCCCAACCCAUUGGCUGUGUUCUGUUUGAAGAUUUGGGGGGCGCCUUCUCUUUCUUCCCCAGGGAAUUUCUCUAGCAGAGGGAGGGGACCCAUCCCAGUGAGGAAGUAGAUUGCUGCCUCUAGCCAGAGACCCGAACUGGGGAAUUUGAACAUUCCUUUACAUUGUUGGAGAAAUGAAGCCAAAGUUAUUCAGAUGGUUUUCCCAGUCUAAAGGAAAGUCACCUGCAAGAGAUCCCGGCACUGACCUGGCAGGGUGGGUCUCCCUUACCAAAGAGAAGAACCACUCUCUGGCGCUGGGGUGACCUGCUGGCUGGGCCUGUAAGGUUUCCAUGUUGCUGAGGCCAUGGAGAUUCCCGGAGCUGGUCACACCGACUGCUCUCAGGGCCUGCUGCCCUGGGCUGGCAACACCAUUCUGGCCUUGGCCUACAGAAGCUUUCAGAGUCUUCACUGGCAGUAGGGGGAGAUGGGGAGAGGAAUGACCUCUGCCCAGGCCCUUCCUUUCCACACCAUGCAAUGGAAGAGCCCAGAUGGGUGAAGACUGAUUUUGCCUUAACUCAAGAGAAUUCCUGUUCUCCUUGUGCUAUGAUUUGGACACAAGAUUCUGGACACCUGGAACUUAGCUGUCUACUCCUGUACCCUAAACAGUGGGUUUGAGUUCCAGCCUUUAUUCUUUUUUCCUUUUUUCAGAUCACCAUCUAAGUUACAUCUUUAGCUCAGGUCCAUCCUUCUCAAGAUCUCCUUCUUGGCCCCCUAGCCCCUGGUGCUGUCUGUGGUCAGGUGACCUUACUCAGGAGCAGAUAUCUCCUUGGCUGCCAUGGAGCCUCAUCCAUCCACACGUGCCUGUAGCAUUCCAGAGCUUGCUGCUUUUCUAGAUGUGCCUUCCCGCUUGGCUUCCAGCGGCUUGUGCUCACUCUGUCUGCCAGGUAUGAGAAGGACACGUAAGACCGCCACCACACUCACCCUCCCUCAAGGCCCUGUGCCAUAGGUGUGGCCACCCGACCUGCCCCCAGAACUUUUGGAUACUGGAGGCAGUUGCAUAGGCCUCCCUCUCUGGGCACCAGGACUCAGUCCAGCCUAAGACCACUCUGGGCAGCCCCCAUCCCAGUCUGGGGCCAUUUGCAGACUCAGGAAAGGAUUUCUACAGUGUUCUAUAAAAGCCAAAAGAAAGAGUGGGUUUGGGAAGAGUGAGGGUGGUUGGGGAGAGGGGACCGAUGUGCCUCAUUGUUUAGUGGUGAUUACAAAUAUGCUUUUCUGGAUAAAGUUUGGUUGUUUGCUCUUGGUG